UAUCUGGUAGGAACUUCAGGGGGUCGCGGUUCGCUUCGUCCGCUGCAAACCUGGAACCAGCAAGAGAUCACUCCUUUUUUGGAACCAGACAAGAGAGAUCCAGUGUCCUUCCACAGCAAGUUGAUUGCAACCACCACAGUGCAGGGCUGUAUGAGACCUAUUAUAAGAUGACCCAUCUUUGGAGAGGCUCUUUGCUCCUGGUAGCAGCUGCGUUCUUGCUGGAGGGCUGUUUUGGUUCCUCUUGGCACUCCUUGCGCUAUUUCUACACCACGAUAUGGGAUCCUGUCCGGGAUGUGUCUGAUUUCAUUGCUGUGAUAUACGUGGAUGACCUGUUCGUUGGUUACUAUAACAGCACCAUGAAGAGGGUGGUGCCUCAGGUGUCCAGGAUAAGGAAGGUGGAGGAGGACAACCCACACUUCUUGGACCGGUACACCAACUUAGCCAUGCUUGAUGAGCUGAGACAAAAGAUGCACCUAAAGGACCAACGGCAUCUCUACAAUCAGAGCAGAGGGUUGCACACCUGGCAGUGUACGUUUGGCUGUGAGUUGAGUCAAGACAGGUACAAAAGAGGAUUUUCCCACAUCGGUUAUAACGGCGAGGACUAUCUCAGCUUUGACAAGGAGACCCUCACCUGGACAGCAGCCACGGUGCCCGCUCAGGUGACCAAGAGGAAGUGGGAUGCUAACUUGGCAAGGAAUAGAUACAUCAAGAGCUACCUGGAGGAGGUGUGCAUUGAAUGGCUGCAGAAGUUCCUGGACUAUGGGGAGGAGUCUUUGCUGUGGAGAGAACCUCCAACAGUGCGAGUGACACUCAAGGCAUCCUAUGACGGCUUGGAGACCCUCGUCUGCCGGGCCCAUGGCUUCUACCCCAAAGAGAUCGAUGCCACCUGGAGGAAGGAUGGGGAGGUCUGGGAGCAGGAGACCUUUCGUGGGGGUGUCGUCCCCAACUCGGACGGGACUUACCACACCUGGCUGAGCGUCAAGAUCCACCCCGAGGACAGGUUCCGCUAUCAGUGCCACGUGGAACAUGACGGCCUACCGGAGCCUUUGGAUGUGGCCUGGGAGGAGCCUGGGAAAAGGCGAGGCAGCUACCAGGCAGCCCAUAAAGCACCAUCAAACUUGUGAGAAGAGACCAAGAAGAACCAGCCUGUGGCUUCUCAUGUGAUUCUUCCAAGCUCCUCAAGAGUUCCCGCCAG